ACGAUAUGAUUUGAAAUAUAUAAGAAAUGCAGAAUAGCAGCUUGGUAGCCUUACUACUCGCUUUCUGGUCUUCUCUCUACCUGCUAGACGUCUUUCUCAAGUCUUAUCGAAGAUAUGGUAAAUAUUAUCAAGAAUUCCAGGAGCAGCAUGGCAUUACAGUGUCUAUUGGACAAGCACGCUGGUAUACAACCUGUAUGAAUAGAGUAUUUCUAAAAAUUGGACAGAGUAAUUCUACCUUAUUCCAUGCAUGGUUUACAUUUGGAAUAUGGUUUGGUAUUAUUGCAAUGGUAUCAUCAAUAGUUUUAUUAGUCUUCAUGUUAAUCAAGACAUUCCAACAAGACUCGACUUCAGAACAAGUGUUGACUCCUGUGAUGCCUGGUGUAAACUUGCCACUUAGUCAGAUUGCCUAUUAUUUUCUCACCUUAGCAGUUUGUGGAAUUUUACAUGAGUUUGGACAUGCCAUUGCCGCGGUCAAAGAGCAAGUACGAGUGAAUGGUUUUGGUGUUUUUAUUUUUCUUCUUUAUCCUGGCGCAUAUGUGGAUUUAUACACGGAACAUUUAAAUGCGAUAUCACCUUUGCGCCAACUUCGGAUUUACUGUGCUGGUGUCUGGCAUAAUUUUAUCAUUGUUGUUGUUUGUAUUUUGUUACUACAUUUUUUACCUGUGCUGUUACUACCACUGUAUACAAUGGGAAAUGGUGCAAUAGUAACAGAAGUAUUACCGCAUUCCCCAGUAUCUGGAGAGAACGGUUUAGAUGUAGGAUAUAAAUUACUCAGUAUUAAUGGUUGUACUAUUAAUACGUCAGAAGACCUAUUGUUGUGUGUGAAUGAUGUCAUCCAUCAACCAACAAAAGGCUAUUGUUUGUCCAUAGAUGAUAUACAACAGAUGAACAAGGCAAACACAGAUACAAGUAAAGAUGCUAGUGAGAGGAAAUAUGCUUGCCUGACAGCUCGAUCUGUGACGGACAGAAUCACAUGUAGUACGUACUAUGACUGUAUAGUACACCGUGAUAUGGCUUGUCUACAUCCAGCAUUGGAUAAAAAUACUUAUUUAUUACGUAUUAUUCAUGAUAGUGGACCAGCUGUAUUGUUUGUAGGGGAUCCAUAUUUCCUCACAUACACUGUGAGAGUCUCUAGUUACAUUCCAAGAUAUACAUUUUCACCGAUAAGUUUUCCAAAUAUGUUAGAUACAUUACUAAAAUAUUUCAUUUCACUCUCAGGGGCGUUGGCCAUUCUCAAUUCUGUUCCUUGCUAUGCAUUAGAUGGCCAGUGGAUUCUCACAGCUUAUGUGGAGUAUAUUUUUGCCAAAUCAAUUCCAAAACCCACAGAUCGAAGUUUUCUCAUAAAUUGUAUACUACUGUGUGGGACACUUUUGUUGGUAUCAAAUAUCCUCAUCGCCAUGGUAACACUGUUUAUGUCAUAG